CUACUAUGUAGUAGAAAGUGGAAAUGGGUUUAAUGUUGACACCAUCACAUUUGCAACUGAAAAAUCAAGAGUUCCCCUUCUCUGCUGCUAUGAGUGCGAAAGCAUUUCUUCUCUCCCACUACAGUUUUUCUCCUCCCAACUUGCCUCGUAUAAAUUUCAAUGUUCAUUCAUUUUACUAUACUAGUGCCAGUGGGAGAGGUCGAGGUCGAGGUCAAGGUCGAGCUCCAUUUCGAUAUGGGGAAGAGGGGUUAAUUAAGAGGAAUAGUAGUAGUUGGAAGUUGUGGGCUGAUGUCAAGUCAAAGCCCUUCAAAAUUGCUGACGAUCCUUUAUUGAGAAAGAAAGAAGAUGGAGAUAAGUUAGUGGGUCUUGUUCCUCUUCCCUGGUGGGAAGAGUUUCCAAAGCGUUGGGUAAUUGUGAUUCUUUGUUUCUCCGCUUUUCUUCUUUGCAAUAUGGAUAGAGUAAACAUGAGUAUAGCUAUACUUCCCAUGGCAUCCGAAUAUCACUGGAGUCCUACCACUGUUGGUUUAAUACAAUCUUCAUUUUUCUGGGGUUAUCUUCUCACUCAGAUAGCAGGAGGUAUAUGGGCAGACACUGUUGGUGGGAAGGCUGUCUUGGGAUUUGGAGUAGUCUGGUGGUCCGUUGCUACAGUUCUCACACCUAUUGCUGCAAAGCUUGGAUUGCCCUUCUUAUUUGUUGUUCGAGCUUUCAUGGGAAUUGGUGAGGGUGUUGCCAUGCCGGCAAUGAAUAACAUUCUCUCUAAAUGGGUUCCUGUAUCAGAAAGAAGUAGAUCUCUCGCACUGGUCUAUAGUGGAAUGUAUCUUGGAUCUGUCACUGGCCUAGCAUUUUCCCCAUUCCUCAUACACAAAUUUGGCUGGCCUUCUGUCUUCUUUUCUUUUGGUUCUUUAGGAACUGUAUGGUUUGCAGUAUGGCUCAGUAAGGCAUACAGUUCACCCCUGGAUGAUCCUACGCUACGGCCUGAAGAAAAGAAGCUUAUUCUUAGUAGCAGUGUUUCUAAGGAACCUGUUAAAUCAAUCCCUUGGAAAUUGAUUCUAUCAAAGCCACCUGUAUGGGCCUUGAUCGUGUCUCACUUCUGUCACAACUGGGGGACAUUUAUUCUUCUUACCUGGAUGCCAACAUAUUAUCACCAGGUAUUAAAGUUUAAUCUUACAGAAUCGGGACUUUUUGCCGUCUUGCCAUGGCUCACAAUGGCAGUCACUGCAAAUAUUGGUGGGUGGAUUGCAGAUUCCUUGGUGAGGAGAGGCACAUCAGUGACUGUUGUCAGAAAGAUUAUGCAAACAAUAGGAUUUCUUGGACCUGCUUUCUUUUUAACCCAGUUGAGCCAUGUUGACUCUCCUGCAAUGGCAGUUCUAUGUAUGGCAUGCAGUCAGGGAAGUGAUGCUUUUUCACAAUCUGGUUUGUAUUCAAAUCAUCAGGAUAUUGCUCCACGGUAUUCUGGAGUGCUCCUUGGACUUUCCAAUACUGCUGGGGUGCUAGCUGGUGUUUUUGGCACAGCAGCUACCGGUUACAUCUUGCAACAUGGUUCUUGGGAUGAUGUCUUUAAGGUUUCAGUUGGGCUUUACUUGGUUGGAACGGUAGUUUGGAAUGCCUUUUCGACUGGUGAGAAGAUCAUUGAUUGAAUUUGUAAGUGAUUUCCAAGGAGAUAGCAACUUAAGCCGUUUGUGUUAUGCUGGAAAUGCGCUGCAAUUAGGAAGGCGUGAUUGGUUAAGAAUUGAAGAUAAAAAAGAGUUUUAGGUCGAUUUAGUUGAGAAUAGGUGGGAGUAUCUUUGGCAGUGUACCAGAAGACGAGGGAACACAUGUCUGGGACACUGGGUGGGUUUAAACCAGGAGGCUCCAAGAUUUCCACGAAGAUACCAGCCAGACUAUAUUGGACUUUGAUUGAACAACCAAAUGAAGAAGGAUACAUGAUUGACAAAGUUUGUAAAUCUGUGUAAAGUUACUAAUCCAAUCCUGCAGUAAUAUACCUGAAGCAGUUUUAAUA